AUGGCACCUUUUCCGAGCACCGCCUUCCAACUUCCAUUCUUCUUCGUGCUGUUUUUCAUUGCUCUUUUCACCACCGUCCAGUCCACUUCACACUCGGCGCCGGCUCCAGCCGUGGACUGCUCUAGUCUGGUAUUAAACUUGGCAGACUGCCUUUCAUUUGUGACCAGCGGAAGCACCACGAAGAAGCCUGAAGGUUCUUGCUGUUCUGGGCUUAAGACCGUGUUGAAAGCAGACGCUGAGUGUCUCUGCGAGGCUUUCAAGAAUAGCGCACAGUUGGGUGUCACUCUUAAUGUCACCAAGGCCUUGACUUUACCUGCUGCCUGCCAUGUGUCUGCCCCUUCCGUUAGCAACUGUGGCCUGACUGUCGCCGGUGCUGCUCCAGCUCUUUCUCCUAUGGCAUUAUCUCCUACUGCAGUUCCGGGUGCUCCAACUACCAGUAUAGCACCUAAUGAACUUGCACCUGCACCAGCACCUGGUCUUGCUCUAGGAAGCUCUGGUUCUUCUGCACUAGCCAUCUCUGUUGGGUUUCUCGUACUUUCCAUGGCAGCUGCCGUAUCUUCAGAUUUAUUCUGA